AUGUCGAUACCGCGACCCGGUCCCAAAAGCGUAGGAAAAUCCAAUCCGGACUAUGGUCUAGAAGUGUAUCUGGCUGACAAGGACUAUAGCACGGACAAGGCGCAGGCCGAUAUUUUGGAGGGUAUCACCUCAAUGCAGAACACCCUGGUCGCCCUGGUCGAGCGUUUUGACAGAAUGGACAACCGGUUAACGACAGUGGAAAAGGCAUUGAAAGGAGGCGCCCUUUCCAACCCAGCGCCGAUGUUGGUGCCAAUAAAAAGCGACCCUGUCGGCGAGGAGGAAGCAAAACCGGUGCAACAGUCGCCGAUUGUUAAUGGUAAUGUUGGUGGCGGCGAACCGGGGUAUUAUCAGCCUCAGCCACAACCACAGCAACUUCACUUACAGUCUCAGCCUCAGCCGCAACUACAGGCAGAGGCACAAGAACAGGCACGGGCGCAGGCGCAGGCACAAGAGCAGGCUCAGGCUCAAGCGCAGGCGCAGGCACAAGAGCAGGCUCAGGCUCAAGCGCAGGCGCAGGCACAGGCGCAGGCGCAAGAACAGGCUCAAGCGCAGGCGCAGGCUCAAGCGCAGGCACAAGCACAGGCGCAGGCACAGGCACAGGCGCAACCUCAACCCCAGGAGGCAGAGGCACCGGCCGCUGAUUACCCGCCCGCGACGCUCCCCUCGAUGAACGAGGAAGAAGCAGAGGCCGAACCUGGGCGACCAAUACCGCCUGGUGAACCCGCGAUCCCAAUGAAUCACACUACGCUGGCCGGCCUCCUGCUGGAAUGGCCCUCGAUCCGGGAGUUGACGCGGAAGCAUGUUGAAAAGGUGGGAAUUCGCUAUAUCUCAGAGUAUCCUAUUAGCGUGGAGCAAAGCCGCGGGCCGUUGCUGGUUUAUGGACGCGGAGAAGAUAACCACAGUUCCCGACAUAUCGUCAAGGAACCCGAAAAUCAUGGUACCGUGGACAUCGCCGAUGACAAUUCCUCGGAUAUGGCAUCACCGUCACCUGCCGCUGAUUUUGGACUUGUUGGAGGUUUAAGCCCGCCUGAUAUGGUUGAAUACAAGGGAGGUGUGCUUGCUUUUGAUGGCACUCCUGAUUUUACAGAGUUGAAAGUGUGGGCAUAUGUGGAAAGUUUUAAGGAUCACAUUCUCAAUAUGCACCCGAUUGUCACUCCGAAAACCCUUGAGGGAUGGGUUCGACAGUUUCUCGACAAUCUUCCCAUGUCGCACCCACGAUCGGCUAAACCUCAAGCCGUUAAACCGGCUUUUGCAUUUGCUUCCACACCAACGCCGACGCCGACGGAACAGACCGGAUCGAAGCGCAAGCGCUCCCCUGGACCUGAUGGAAGCGAGACUCCGAUGACUCCCGGGCCGAUCAGGACUGGAAAGCCAACCCGUUCGGUUCACAGUGCACUUGUUCUUACGGUUCUUGCACUGGGAAAGAUUUGUAUGCAUCGAGACAACAUCCCUGACGUAGUUCACCCUCAACCUACGUCUGACUCUGGUUCUCACGGAAGCCCAAGUAUCCGCAAUGGUGUCAUCCCGCCAUCUUCACCUAGCCAAGGAUCUCCACCCGGGCCUCCUUCUUACUCGCAGUCUCCAGCUCAGGCUUCACCCAAGGACCAAGCCGGCCGAGGGAGCCAAAGCAGGCGGCCAUCUAUACAUGGGCCCUCGGGCCACCCUCGCCCAGGUUAUAGCCUGAAGAAGAAUUUUGAUGUGAUCCCAGGGCUGGAAUAUUUUGCUUACGCCACUGACAUUCUGGGCAAUCUCACUGGUUCAUACAAUAACAUGAAGAAUGUGUAUGCCAACAUUUUUGCCAGUCUUUAUCAGGGACAGCUGGGUCGGCCUCUGGAGAGUUUUGCCUUCAUCCAUAAGGCCAGCCAUCAGCUACAAGUUCUCAUGCGACCGAGCCUUGAUAAGUUGCAGGCUUUUAAGAAGAAGAAUGAAUUUAUUGUGCAGCCGAAGUACAAUAAUCUUGCGCUGGCUUUUUGGACGUGCCUUCAGCUUGAGAGUGAUCUCAUUGCCGAGUUCCCAUUGCCACCAUCCGGGCUGCUCUCGUACGAAGACGACAUGCCGCAUCCAAGCAUGAUUCUCAUGGCAGGCUUUGACCAGCGUAUUCUGGACAGCUACCCGGGUCAGCUAUAUCUAAGGACCCACUUGAACAGCAUUCAUCGCAUGUUCUACGCGCCUGAUGAUCCCGACGGGUCCAUCAACGACAACAAGUUCCAGAAUGUGGAUUUGGUUGCGGAUGCUGUGUCGGGUAUGCACUGGGUCGCGCCCAGUUUGUCUUUCAAGGAAGCCGAUCCGCCAGGCGAGGAUAUCUUGUCAGCUCGCCUACGGGCUAAGUACUGGGGUGCUCAAGUCAUCACGUACCGCCCCUUUGUGAGGCAGAUUCUUCAAUUUUCGUUCUCAGUUAAGAAUGGGGCAAAGGAAAGUCCAGAUGACCCCUCAUCGAGAUGGUCGGAAUUCCGAUCUGGCAUAAUCGCUCCGUUCAUUCAUCCGGACACCAAGUCGUUGAAAGAGAUUGACCCGGCAAUGAUUGAACUGGCUCGUAAAGGUAUCAAUGCCUUGAUUGAGAGCACCAGGGCUUUCCAUGGCCUGGGCGACCAGCGACCUAUUAUCACGAAUGUGUUCGGAACCGCUCACGCACAAUGGGGAAACCUCCUUGUUCUCUCGGCUGCCUUCAAAGACCCUCUUCUGGGGGGUUUUGUUCCGGAAGGCUUGCUGAAAAUGCUGUUCCAAAAGACAAUUGCAUUUCUAAAACAGUCAGCUACGGCAACAAGUUCUUUGAGGUUUGACAUGAUCAUCUUGGAGGGGUUGCAACGAGACCUGUUCUCCCCCGAACCACCUCGAGCAAAUUCUAGUUUUUCAAGCCACACCACCAGCACGACCCAAGCGCGGGCUUCCGCGAGUGCGACUCCCCAUAUGAGUCAUGUAAUACUCAAUCAAGGCCACGGAACCCCGCCCAUCUCACCAAGAAUGCGGGAGCCCUACAGCACGUCAGUCCCGAAUUGA